CGUGAGCCGAGGACGCGCGGUGGGAUUGCUCAGGAGAAAGGAAGGUACUCCAGUUCCGAGUCAGGCCCUUCCCCGCCUUCGUUGGCCUGAGCGGCCUCAACCAUGGCUAGUAGCGGCGCUGGGGCGGCGGCGGCGGCCGCUAAUCUGAAUGCGGUGAGGGAGACCAUGGACGUUCUGCUUGAGAUUUCAAGAAUUUUGAAUACUGGCUUAGAUAUGGAAACUCUGUCUAUUUGUGUACGGCUUUGUGAGCAAGGAAUUAACCCAGAAGCCUUGUCAUCGGUUAUUAAGGAACUUCGCAAGGCCACCGAAGCACUAAAGGCUGCGGAAAAUAUGACAAGCUGACUUUCUGGAGAAGUCUUGAUGAGAUAUGUUAAGUUUUGCAAGAAUAUUUGAAGAUUGCAUUGUAGUCAAGAAUGUAGAAUGAAAUUACUGUAUGCAGCAGUGUAGAAACAUUUUCCUCUUUAAAAGAAUUAUAAAACCAUAGCUUUAUAAAUCAGUGGAAAGUGGCUUAUAGAGAGAACUAUCAGAUGUGUUUACUUCACAUCUUAUUCUUUUUUUUCAACAGCCCUAAUGCUUCGGUAUUGCCAUGUAUAUCAUAUUUAUGUGUUCCUUAUUUAUAGCUCUGAUAGCUUUAAUUUUCUAAACAGUCUAUCUAUCAGAUGUGCACAUCUGCUGUGCCUGGUUGAAAGUACAGUGGAACCCCUCAGUAGUGAUGUAGUAGUUAUGACUUGUUGACAUUUCCAUUAUAAACUUUAAUUUUGAAUUGUUUAUGCAUAACAGAAUUUCAGCCACCAUUUGUGAAUUUUUACUUAGAUUCAUUAUGUAUAUCAUAAUCUUGUUUUUUAUGUGAGCAUGAAAAGCUUUUCUUAUUAUCUGCCCUUUAACAAAGAAUGUUUAGUUUUUUAAACAUAAAGUUUGGCUGGCAGUUAAUAAUGUGACCAGAUCACUUUUGUAUUGAAAAAUAAAACUUUUAGAAACUUAAUUUUAAAAGUAGUAACAGUUCUCAACUUAGUAUUAUUUGUAGUUUGAAUCAUUUAAAUCUAAUGAAAGUAUGAGUUGAGACAUGUUUCUCUUUCUAAGUUUUAUACCCCAUAAGUAAAGGCCUAAAAAAGAUGUAUAGAAUGAAACAUAGCCAACAUGAAAAAUUCCUUUUUACUUUUAUUAUAUAAAAGUAAUUUGAGUGCUUACCUAAUAAAUCUUGAGUGGUUAUCUCAUAAAUCAUUAGAUGGGAAGUUUCUUUCGGUCAAAAAAUGUUAAUUUUUUUCUGAAGAAGUAAAGACUUCUAGUCAUUAAACUGGAGCCCUGGUGGCAUAGUGGUUAAAAGCUUGGCUGCUAACCAAGAGAUUGGCAGUUCGAAUCCACCAGC